CGGCAGAUCAAAAAAAAAAAACAAUUCGCUUCCAUUGGUGGCUUGCUGCUGAAGGUUACUAUGUACAGCCUCCCUUCCUUAAUCCUACUAUUGGCCGCGUCCUUGUACCUAGCGCCUCGAUGGUAAUUUGCAACCACCCGGAAAUAGCUACCUCCUGACGGCCUGCUCUGCUGCGAUACUUCUUUCCAGUCCUGGCCUCCCUCGUUUAGCCUGUCAUGCGAAAUUUGGACUUUAAUACGAAGUUCCUAGUUGGCUCACUGGCUCAGUUGAUAGGCUCCGUCUUUCUAUUUGUGUGACUUGAAAUUCCGCCGAACUUUCCCGGAUAGCCGACGGUCAGUCUAUGAGAAUUAACGGAUAGAUUCGCUGGGGUGUGUUCUCGAGGCCUUCCGAGUCGUUGAUACGAUGCCCGUUAUCCGUCGAAGCCGGUUGAGGACUGUCCUCUCUGCAAUCGGUGCGCUUUUCCUCAUCAUUACCGUCUAUUUGAAUUGGACCCCGGCCCCGGCUUCUGUCAUUCCUGUCACGGCUUUCGAAGUUCCUCUCACUGAGCGCCAACAUGUCUUUUGGAAGGCGUUCAAACCGAUAAUAGAGGCGCAUAGGCCAAACUGCCCUUCCCCUACCCAUCAAGAAGACGUCGGCGCGAUUCAUUUUAAUGCGACGUCGACCGCCCUCCGACCCGAUCUUACUUUUAUGGAGGAGGACGACAUUCGAGUGAUGCAGGAGACACAUGCAGGUUUCCUCCAAGAUAUUGCGGAUGUGAAACGGCUACGCCCCGUCCACUCUCCGGGGACUCGCGGGUUGGUUUCCACGGCAGGGGGGGAAUACUUUCCGGUUUUUAUCGCGACUCUGCGCAUGCUCCGGCGCACCGGAUCGGUUCUGCCCGUUGAAGUAUACAUGAAGGAUGCUAGCGAAUAUGAAAAGAGAAUCUGUGAAGAUGUUCUCCCGAAAAUGAGUGCGCGAUGUUUUAUCCUCGCCGAUGUCGUUGGGAAGGACUCCAUUGAACAUUACCAACUAAAGGUCUUUGCGGUGCUGUUCUCAUCCUUCGAGGACAUCGUCUGGAUGGAUGCUGAUUGCUUCCCGCUGCAUAACCCUGAACUUCUACUUGAUUCAGAUGUUUUCAAAUCGACGGGUAUGAUCACCUGGCCCGACUUCUGGGAAUCGUCCGUAUCUCCGUGGUUCUACAGGAUUUCUAAUCGACCGGAGACUCCAAUGAAUGAACGUCAGACUACCGAAGCGGGUGUUUUCCUCAUCUCGAAAAGGACCCAUUUCCGAACUCUGCUCCUUGCCGCUUACUAUAAUUAUUACGGGCCGUCGUAUUACUUCCGAUUGCUAUCCCAAGGAGGACCCGGUGAAGGUGAUAAGGAAACCUUCCUCCAGGCGGCAUACGCUGUGGAUGAGCCUUUCUACGCCGUAAGUGAGAGCGUGCAAGCGAUUGGCCAUUCCAAACUCGAAGGCGGAAUUUCGGGAUCCGCCAUGGCGCAGUCGGAUCCGAUUGAAGAUCAUGCCCUAACCACCCAAGGGCUAUUUCGGGUACUUGAUCCGGAUGUAGCCAACGCUCCGAGGAUCUUCUUCAUCCAUGCCAACUACCCCAAAUUCAACCCCGGAGGGAAUGUCUGGGGUCAGAAGUGGGAGACUACCCCUACCGUUGGGCCUAAUGGGGAAGACUCGCGGGCAUGGUUGGUACCGGAAGAUGUGAUUGGACGCUUUGGAUAUGAUGUCGAGCGGGCAUACUGGGAAGAACUUCGAUCAAUUAGCUGCGAUCCAGAUCUGAUUUUCCAAACUUGGGGAUCCAAGGUAGACAUUUGCGACAAGACCGAGAGAUACUGGGCGAAUGUCUUUGCGGAACCACACGACAACGACCCGCAGUUCCCCGACGGGAAUUAAUCCUCGAUACAUACAGCGUUCCUGAUUCAUCGUCCCGGCGAUGGUAUAUAUAUUCUACAAACGGCGCCGGCCAUCCAUCCAUCCAUCCAUCCAUACACACCUGUCUGUUCAACUCAUACCCGAUCUGUACGAACACGACACACUGUAUUACGAGACGAUGACCGUUUCAUUCAACUGUACUUAUAUCCCGCAUAUGGCAUGCACAUACUUAAGUUUUUAAUAAUGGUAUAAUAUACUUCAUAGAUAGAUACCUUCAAACUCGGCCAGAAAUGAAGCUUCAAUAUUCAGAAAUCUUUGGUUCUCCAUGAUGACGCCGUCUUAUUUGAUACCCUUCUCCCUCAGCCUUUGCUCAUCUUCUAGAUGCAGCUCCCGAUCGAUCUGUG